UACACUGAGAUGGAAAUCCCAAUCGUUUACAUAUUAAUCUCCGUCAUCGCGUCAUCCUUGUGUCAAGAUGAAACAGUGUUUCACUGCACUUCCAAUCCGGGUUGCCAGAUUGCACUAUGUGAUCCGAUUGCUGUAGGAUGGGACAGACCAGGUUUCAACAUUGAUGAACAUCUGCAAGACAAAGAGUACACGAUAACAUGCAAGUCCAAUAGUACUGUUCUUAGCUGGCUUGAUUUCGCAGCCAGAAAUUUGGAUAUCACUAGUAUUAGAAUGGGAUUGGAAAAGUUGGAAGACAAGUUUAAUGGAAAAAUUGAGAGUUUCGGGAAAGAAAUUUCUGACUUGGACGAAAUGAAUGAAAAAUUGGUAGGAGACAACGAUAAGAUAAAGAAAGAUUUGAUUAAAGUACAAAACAUGAAUAAUAGGUUGAUUGAAGACAACGAGAAGAUGAAGAAAGAUUUGACCAAAGUACAAAACAUGAAUAUUAAGUUGACAGAAGACAACGAAAUGAUGAAAAAAGCGAUAUCCCGUAUUGAACAAAAACUUGCUGUUAUGAAGAAGCCUCAACUGAUUCCAAAGGGAUUCGGACAAAUCAGCAAACCAAAGCCAACUCCUCAUCCAGAAAAUUGCAAAUUAAAGGUUGGAAAUAUCUGUUAUUUCGUUGUGAUAUAUGGCGAAUGGGAUGUCGUAUACAAAAAAGCAUUUGAUAUUUGUAAUGAACGUAACGCAGAUGUUGGUUUAAUCCGAGAUGAAGAAUCUUACAAUGCUAUUAUAAAAUACUUGAGAAAGAAUAUUCCAAGAGGAGAGGAUAUAUGGACCGGAAUCCAGUUUGAUCCAAUGACUCGUGACGUCACACCUGCAGAUUUAUUCACUAAAUGGUAUCCGGGCGAUCCAUUUACGGGAAUUGAAUAUAAAGAUCGCACAAAUGUUUACCUUGUUGUCAAUUCCGACCCAGAUGAACGUAGUCAAGGGAUGGUGAAUGGUGAUCCUACCUGGAAGCAGAAUGGAGUCAUUUGUGAGAUCCUGAUCUAAUGAAACGUUUGGAUUUAUCAUCAAAAAAAUAUUAUUUAUAGAAUCUCAACUAAAAAUCAUACCAUUCGUAUUUUGAUGAAUACAAUAUAUAAGACUGAAUAUCAAUUGUCAACGGAGUUAUAUGUGAGAUCCUGAUCUAAUGAAACAUCUGCCUGGUUGUAUUUUGUUCUUCUUGAUCUAUCAUCAAAAAAAUAUAAAUCAUUGAAUCCCAAUCUGAAGUUUGUACGAUUAGUCUCUCCAAUUAUCAAUGUAGAUAAUCAAAGCUAUAUUAAAGUUUAAUAAAAAUAGGUAACUUUUUAACGUUAUCCGAUUAAAAAUGAUUCCUGAUUUUUUAGUUAUGUAAGCAUACCAUUUAAAAUUAUAAUUUAUCAAACA